AUGAGCUUCAACCGCAAACGAGUGGCCUUGGCCUGUACAUUCUGUCGCGCUCGGAAGCGACGAUGUGAUGCUCAGAGACCGUCAUGCUCCCAUUGCCAGGAGUUGGAGGUGGAAUGUCGCUACGAUGAUGCCCCAUCUCAAAGGAUCGACACCUCUGGCGGCACUCGGGAAAUCCUUAGCCGACUUCGUGAGAUUGAGACCCUCCUUCAGACCCAGUCGGACCGCAUUUCGACGUUGUCGGCAUCCACCCCAGGAUCUUCGUAUGGUCCCACUCAAGCUUCACCUACCCACCCAUCGGUCCCCAUCGCCGAUCUUCCAUCGAAUGUCGCCGUCUCGUCGACUCCUUGGCCACUCGCCGGACUCGACGUUCCGCCGCAGCUCCCGGACCUCCCCCCAUUGACCAUUCCCGUCAAGCAUAAGACAUCGUCGAGCUAUUUGCUCAGCUUGCCGCCCGUCAAAUCUUUGAUCGGAGAGUAUCCGACCGAUUUGUUUUUCUUGCUGGAAUCAAGAAACCCGUUGCCACCAGAAUUGUCGUUUGAGCAAUGGCCGGUCCCUCCGGCAUCCAUCGACAUUCAACGCGAGACCGCCGACGAAUUGGUCUCUAUUUUCUUCGCGUCGGCCCAUCACCACCACCCAAUCUUAGACCCAGGCGAGUUUCAGGAGAUGUAUAACAAAUUCCUUGAGACAGGCCCUGACAAAGGAACGGCUUCGGCGCUUUGCAUGGUGGUGUUGGCGCUCGGGGCGGUCGCAACCGUUCGUCCCGACUCGACUCGGUUCAGCCAAUCUCCCCCGGGCAUGCAAUACAUGCACCAUGCCAUGCCGACGCUCCUGAGCCAGUCCUCGUGGUACUUCUCUUGCAGCCUAUUACUUCCCCAGGCUCUUGUCUUGGCUAGCGUCUACUUUGCCUAUAUUGUCCGCCCCCUCCAAAGCUGGCGAUUGAUUUAUUCAGCCACAACCAUCCUCCAGUUCAAGCUCUCCGGGGCAGUGAACCAAGAGAAAGGGCCGAACUGGCGUGAAAAUGUGAUCCGCCUUUUCUGGUCGUGUUUCCUUGUAGAAUGCGACAGACUCGCCGAGUUAGAGCUGCCGCGAAGUGGGCUUCAGCAACUGACGGACGAGAUCAGUCUUCCCGGGUGUUCCAAUCUAGGAUUCAUGCAGUCGACUUGCUAUCUGGCUGAAAUCUCGAUUCGCAGAUUGCUCAACCGCAUUCACAACUCCCUCUACCCGAGCAAGAAACAUGUGUUGACUCUAUCAUCUACGUCUCUCACGGCCCAAGAGGAUUUUUCCAUUGAAGAUAUCUCCUCCAUGAGCACUGUUUGCGAGGAGUUACAUUCCCAACUCGACAUGUGGUAUUCGUCAAUCCCGGAAGCUUUUCGACCCGAGCUCGGUGUCCGCCCUUCAAUAGAAAACCCAACCGAGCGCCCGGACAUACUCCGAAUACGAUAUUUUGCAGCUCGGCACAUCAUUUACAGGCCUUUUGUGCUCUAUAUAGCCAUCCACGGUGCGAGUCGCGUGUCCGAGCCCAUGAUAGAAAAGGCCGGACUUUGUAUCGAGAGCUGCCGGUACUAUAUCUAUAACACAACGCCAGCCCUGGCGAAGCCAAGCCAGUACACCUGGACAUUUUCUUUGUCAUCUCUCGGGGCUAUUGUUGUUCUCACACUCGCAUCCCUGAGUCCUAUUCUGCGGGAUCUGGUCCCUGACAUCGAUGAGCUACAGAGCACUGUCUUGAAUAAUAUACGGCCGUGGGCAUUCUCGAGCCUUGAAGCAGUCAUCGUCAUUCUCGAAGAUUUGCAGAAAAAGCGAAGGCUGCUAUCCCGCGUCUAG